AUGAUACGUGGGACAUCCUUAUCUACAUCAAGUAGGUCAAUAAAAGUGUUUAUUUUUAAUGCUAGAUAUAGCAGCAACUAUGUCAAAGCACCCAUUAAGAAGAUGUCGUAUAAUUCAGCUUUUCAGAAAUCUUACUAUUCAAACCCUGCUUCAAAGAAUGGUAUGACAAAUAAUUCUGCUACAACAUCUAGUCCCAAACCUAUCCUGAAUAAUGAAUCUGAAUCAUCAUCCUCCAGUAGUACGAUUAAGUCGUUUAGUGAUUCACCAGCUAUCGCAAGCUCACCAGAAGUUGGUUCACCUAUCAAUUGGUCAGAUUCUUUUCAUGGUCUAGGUACAGCUCCAUUCCCAAAGGAGGUAAGUGACAUACUAUUGGCAUCUAUAGAUAAUGAUGAUAUUGAAAUCAAGCCGGAUGGGCUUUUAUACCUUCCAGAGAUUAAGUAUCGUAGAAUCUUAAAUAGGGCAUUCGGACCUGGAGGUUGGGGGUUAGCUCCACGUACCGAAUCCUUGAUUACUCCGAAGCAAAUAUCUCGUGAAUAUGCGUUGAUUUGUCACGGAAGGCUAGUUAGCGUUGCCAGAGGCGAACAAGAUUAUUUUGGUGGGGAUGAAAAGAUAACUACAGCAUUGGAAGGCUGUAAGAGUAAUGCAUUGAUGAGAUGUUGUAAAGAUUUAGGGAUCGCAAGCGAAUUAUGGGAUCCCAGCUUUAUUAGAAAGUGGAAGAAGGACUUUUGUGAUGAAAUAUUUGCCGAGCAUGUCACUACUAAGAAGAAGAAGAAAUUAUGGAAGUUAAAGAAGAAUAAAACAUUAGACUACCCAUACAAGAAAAUAUGA